AUGUCGUCCUCGAGGCCGUGGAUCGAGGUGGCGCGGUCCGUGCCGACAAACGUCUGCCCAAAGGUCGGAGCCGUGUUGGUCUGGGCUAGCGCGGCGGCGACGCAGAUCAGCGAACCCUGCAUGAGGAAGAGCAGGGCCAGGCUGGACUUGCGCAGCGGGCCGAGGAGGCGGGAGAUGCGCGAGAAGACGAAGCACCCGAGCCAGAAGGAGGCCAUGGACGCCAGGCAUUUGAUCCACAGCUUGGGCUCAUCGGCUGGGAUGCCGGCGGUGCCGAGGGCUAGGAAGAGCGUGUUGCCCUGGAUGGCAAGACAAACCAUGGACACAAAGACGUUGGCGCCGGAAAACGCAACGCUGUCGCAGAUUCCCGACACGGAGCAGCAUGCCAGGAUUGGAAUGUCAGCAUGGGUGAGGGUGACGUCUUGCUGCAACCUGGCCAGCCAGGAUUGA